AUGAGGCGGCUCGAAUCGGCCCAGGGCUUUCCCUCUCGUGACGUCACCUCUCCAACACGAUGGCAUCAGCAUAUUGGCUGUGGGGCCCACCGGCCCCGUGAGAGGCGGAGGAAGCGUUCCCUGUUUCGGUCCCGUGAGCGGUGCCUAUGGGCCCACCAACACGACCAAAAGCGGGGGAGGGAAGCGGUGCCGUCCCGUCGUCCAUUCACAUGGUGGGUCCCGCACCGGCAAUACGAGUGGGAAAUUCUGGAGCCUGUCUCCGUGUCAGACAGGAAAUCCGUCCCCCCAUCCGCAGAGACGAGCUCGCUCCCCGCCCUCCGCACCCCCUGGCUCGGCCUCCGCCGAUCCCCCACCGCCGCCUCCCCCUCCCCCUCCCCCUCCCCCUCCUCCCCCUUCGGGGGUCGAUCCAAGAACUAUUGGUCCGGUUGGAAGGAUUCCUUGCAACAAAGUAAGACAGAGAAGAUGUAUGCAUUUGGUGGUUGCAGUAGGAAGAGGAAUAAGAAAACUUCUGUUGCCCCUGCUGUAGUUUUUACUCCUGUGCAACCUGUCACACAUGUACCUGUACAUGUUGGUGGCCAUCCACCUACACUACAAUCAUUAGUUCAGAUGUGGCCAAGCCCUCUUGUCAUAUUGUCUCCAACAGUACCAUGGGCUGCACAACCAUCUAUUCCAUCAACAUCGGAACAUUCAUCUGUGCAAAAUGAUCCUGACAAGGAAAGGAUGGCGGACAUGGCAAGUGCUGGCGUUACUACUAUACUGGGGGAUGCUAGUAAUGCAAAAUGGCUACCAAGGGUUGAUAUGUUGUUUGACAGUGAAACUGAUGCAUACGACUUCUAUAAUACAUAUGCUGAGAAUGAAGGUUUCAUUGUGCGAAGAUCAAAGUCAACAGUAUCAACAAAGAAUAUCAUCACUAAGAGGACAUUUGUGUGCUCGAGAGAAGGCUUUCGAGAGAAGAAAAAAGGAGAGAAAGAGGCCAAGUGUCCACGACCUGUAACAAGAAUUGGUUGCCCAGCAUGCAUGACCAUUAGGCUUACACCUAAUGGCAAAUAUCGCGUGACAGAAUUUGUACCAAACCACAACCAUCAACUUGCAAUGGUAGCUACCUAUGAUAAAUUGAGGGCGAAGAAGCUGAGGCGCAAUGCUCGAGUUGCAAGAGCAGAUUUGGUGGAUGAUACAGUGAGGCUACCGGAGUUUGAAAGUGAAGAUGAGGCCUAUGAAUUCUACAGUGCAUAUGCUGGAAGGAUGGGAUUCCGUGUUCGAAAAACAAGUGCAACAAUUAGUGCCGAAAAUGUAGUCACUAGAAGGAUGUUUGUUUGCUCAAGAGAAGGAUUCCGUGAGCAGAAAAAAGGAGAAAAGAGAGUAAAGAAACCACGAAAAGAAUUUAGAACUGGUUGUCCUGCCUGUAUGGUCAUUAGAAUAUCAUCAACUGGCAAAUAUCGCGUAACUGAAUUUGUUACUUUUCAUAACCAUCAGCUAGAAGCUCCAUCAGCCACUGAGAUCUUGACGUCUGAGACUGCAGAAAAUGGUGCAGAUCAUGUUUUGAACACAGUCAAUGAAUCUGCAGAUGAUGAUGCCCAGAAGCACAUCAAUAGUCCACAAUGUAGUACCUUGGUUCCUCCAGGUUAUAAAAACUAUCUAAGAUCUAAGCGAAUGAAGGCUAUUCAAAUGGGUGAUGCUGGUGCUACAUUGGAGUAUCUGCAAAGGAUGCAAGAAGAUAGCUCAUCAUUCUACUAUGCAAUACAAGUUGAUAAGGAUGACAAUUUAACCAAUGUCUUUUGGGCAGAUGCAAAGUCUGUAAUGGACUUCUGUUACUUUGGUGAUGUUGUAUGCUUUGACACGACCUACAAGGUGCUUGAUUAUGAUCGGCCGUUUGCAUUAUUUACCGGUAUUAAUCAUCAUAAACAGACCGUUAUUUUUGGUGCUGCUUUGCUUUAUGAUGAAAGCGUGGAAUCUUUGAAGUGGUUGUUGGAGAGUUUCAAGACAGCAAUGAGUGGAAAACAGCCUAAGACAAUCUUAACGGACCGUUGUGCUGUGUUAAGUGAGGCGAUAGCUGCAGUUUUUCCAGCUACAAACCAUCGCUACUGUGUUUGGCAUAUUUACCAAAAUGCUAUUGUACAACUAAGUCAAGUAUUUCAUGGAUCGAGAACUUUAGGAUAUGACUUCAGGAGAUGCCUCUUUGAUUGUGAAGAUGAGGAGGAGUUUUUGAAAGAAUGGGAAGCAAUGUGUGGUAAGUAUGAUCUUAUAGACAAUAAAUGGAUGGCUACUCUGUUUGAGGAAAGAGAGAAAUGGGCGUUGGUAUAUGGACGAGAAACAUUUUAUGCGGAUAUGAAGAGUGCUCAACAGAAGGAGAGCAUGAAUACUGAGCUAAAGAAAUAUUUAUGCAACAAAACUGAACUACUGGGCUUUUUUGAGCAUUAUGAAAGAAUACUAUCCGAGAAACGAUGUGCUGAACUACAAGCUGAUAUUAAUGCUAACCAGAGUAACCAAAAGCCACCACCUAUGCGCAUGCUGAGGCAAGCUGCAAAUGUUUACACUCCAGCUGCAUAUAAAAUGUUUGAAAGGGAAUUUGAACUGUACAUGGAUUGUAUUUUGUAUGGUUGCAAUGAAGUAGGGACAAUAUCUGAAUACAAGGUUAUGAUCGAGGAGAAAGCUAUGGAUCAUUUGGUGAAAUCUGAUUCUUUUGAUGGUUCUGUGACUUGCAGUUGCAAGAAAUUUGAGUUUCUUGGGAUUCAAUGCUGUCAUGUAUUAAAAGUGCUAGAUACUCAAAAUAUCAAAGAACUUCCGCCGCAGUACAUAUUGAAGCGGUGGAGGAAGGAUGCAAAGACCAGAGGUUUAAGUGAAGACUCUAUAUUCUCAUUUGAUUGCUUUCCUCAAUCAUCACUGGCAAAACGUUAUAGCUCUCUAUGCCGCAUUUUCAGUAUUGCAGCAGCACUUGCAGCUAAAACUAUAGAUUCAUAUGCAUUCCUUGAAAGCCACUCAGAGGUGCUUAGCAAUCAGUUAAACCAAGUUUUACAAUCAAGAUCCCUCGAGAUGCCUGCUAUGAUUCCCGCCCCAUGCGAUCAACUACAAAAUCCAGUUGAGAGCAUGGUUGCUGAAAGUCUUCGGUAGGAUAAAACCAAUCAGGCAAAUUUUGCGGAUGGUGCAUUUCAUGAUUGCUCGAAUUGGUGGAUUUACAUUAACCAUGUGUCAAUGUCAUUUCGGAUACGGGUCACCAGAAGGAUGGUGACCAUGCAGUUGGAUCUCGAAAGUUCAUUGGAGCUCUGUCUGAGGUGGCUGAUGCGAAGCAAAUGUAAUCUGUGAAUGGGUUGGUUUCCAUGAUGGCUCGAGAUGGCAAUGCAUUUAUUUAGUCCCAGGAAAUGCUGUGAUGUAUGUGUUUGUCAUCUUUUGAUUUUGAUGCCUUCUCUCUUUAUGAAACAAGCAUGAGUUGCUGCAAACCUUUGACCUAUGGCCUGCAUAUAUUCUACUGGGAUGGCUUUUGCUGUAGCUAUCAGAAUUGAUGUUUUUUGGAUUUCUAUUGUUCUGCAGUUAAGCAGUUUAAAGAUUAGGGCAGAGAGUGCCGAUGUUCUUUCAA